GACCCCGAGUCACGCGGCGGCGGCGGCGGCUGCGACCGUUGCGUGGCGCUGCGUCGUUGCCCGGUGUGACCGCCCGCCCGCCCGCCCGCCGGCCCAGGCGCAGACUGUGACCCGCUCGGCGCUCCGGCAGGAGGAAGCACUGCAGCCGGAAUACUGUUGAAGCAAAACAUGGAAAGAGUUUUAUUAAUGACAGAAACCUACCAAAGAAGCAGUAUGGACAUUAAUUUGAAAAUCAACAGUUAACAGUUUCUGCAAACUCUCACACUAAGCAGCACUCUCCGGAGGCAAUUCACGGUUUACAAGGAAUCAGCUUUCCAAAGCUGUUUUUGUGUUCUACUGAUUUGUAUAGUUCAAUAUUUACAAAGAAGAAACACACCUGGGAAAAUGGCAACAGAUGAAUACUUAUGGAUGGUCAUUGCAGGGUUUAUAAUUGCCUUUAUCUUGGCAUUCUCAGUCGGAGCAAACGAUGUGGCCAAUUCUUUUGGUACAGCUGUGGGUUCUGGGGUAGUCACUUUGCGCCAGGCCUGCAUUUUGGCUUCUAUUUUUGAAACUACUGGGUCAGUGUUACUGGGAGCCAAAGUAGGAGAAACUAUUCGAAAAGGUAUAAUUGAUGUGAACCUCUACAACAACACUAUAGACUUAUUAAUGGCAGGAGAAGUCAGUGCAAUGGUUGGCUCUGCUGUUUGGCAGCUGAUCGCAUCUUUCUUGAAACUGCCAGUUAAUAUCUGGAGCAUAUUUGCAUUGUGAGGAGCCACCAUUGGAUUCCUCAUUGAAGUGGCCAUUGGCUUUUAAGGAAUCCAGUGGAUGCAGCUUGUCAAGAUUGUUGCCUCUUGGUUUUAUCUCCCCACUUAUCUGGGUAAUAUGAUGUCUGGUGUGCUGUUUGUGCUGAUUAGAUUUUUUUUCAUCUUAAAGCAAGAUCCUGUGCCCAAUGGCCGUGCCCUGCCAGUGUUUUAUGCUGCUACAAUAGCCAUUAAUGUUUUCUCCAUCAUGUAUACAGGGGCACCAGUCCUAGGUAUUGUUCUUCCUAUUUGGGCAAUAGCACUAAUUUCCACUGGUGUAUCCUUAGUCUUAGCCGGUAUCUUAGUCUGGAUAGUUUUGUGUCCGUGGAUGAGGAAAAGAAAAAUAGCAAGUCGGUUAAAGAAAGAAGGUGCAUUAUCCAGAAUAUCUGAUGAAAGCCUUGACAAGAUUCAAGAGGAGGACACAGCUGUCUUCAAAGAGCUUCCUGGUGCCAAGGCAACAGAUGAAAGCACGAUCCCCCUCACUGGCUCUGCAACAGAAGAGGCUGGAGCUUCCGACAGCAUAGCCAAUGGGAGUCAUUCACGAGUGCCGUACGGGAGGGCGUUUUCAAUGACUCACAGCAUGGUGAAAUCACCGAUUUCCAAUGGUACAUUUAAUUUUGAUGGACACAUGAAGAGUGAUGUUCAUGUGUAUCACACUGUGCACAAAGACUCAGGAUUGUAUAAAGAUUUACUGCACAAAAUACACCUGGACAAGGGCAACAGCGACAGACCAACCCAAGAAAAUAACUACAAGUUCCUGCGGCGCAACAACAGCUACACGUGUUAUACGGCUGCCAUAUGUGGGAUGCCGGUUCACUCGUCCUUCAAGAGUUCUGAUACAUCUACUCCAGAGGACAGUGAGAAGCUUGUUAGUGACACAGUGUCCUACUCCAAAAAGCGGGUUCGCUAUGACAGCUACUCCAGCUAUUGUAAUGCUGUGGCUGAAGCAGAAAUUGAAGCAGAGGAAGGUGGCGUGGAGAUGAAGAUAGCUACAGAGUUGGUAGAUCCUAACAAUCCUACCGAGGAUCCUGCAGAAGAAGAGAGAGAUGAGAAAGACACCUCAGAGGUCCACCUGCUUUUCCACUUUCUUCAGAUCCUUACAGCUUGCUUUGGAUCUUUUGCACACGGAGGCAAUGAUGUGAGCAAUGCGAUCGGCCCUCUGGUUGCUCUCUGGCUUAUAUAUGAACAAGGUGCGGUGAUGCAAGAAGCAGCUACUCCUGUCUGGCUGCUCCUGUACGGAGGCAUUGGCAUCUGUGUGGGGCUCUGGAUCUGGGGGCGAAGAGUGAUCCAAACCAUGGGGAAAGACCUCACGCCUAUCACGCCAUCCAGUGGAUUCACUAUUGAGUUGGCUUCGGCGUUCACAGUUGUGAUAGCUUCCAAUGUGGGACUUCCUGUCAGUACUACACACUGCAAGGUUGGGUCUGUGGUGGCCGUUGGCUGGAUUCGAUCCAAGAAGGCAGUGGACUGGCGCCUCUUCCGCAAUAUCUUUUUAGCCUGGUUUGUGACUGUUCCUGUAGCAGGCUUGUUCAGUGCUGGCAUUAUGGCGCUCCUUCAGUAUGGUAUCCUGCCAUAUGUCUGAUGUUUUGUUCCUUCCAAGAAAGGAGGGGGGGGGGGGGUUCUGGCCAAGAUCACACUCUCAGGGUGUGGAGCUCCCGAUUUAAAGCAUAUGAUUAAAAACAACACUAGUCAGAAGGAUUGAUUCAUCCUCCAUAUCUAACUUAUCAACUGUACAGAACUUCAGACUCAUAUUGGUGACAUCACAUGUGGUGCCGUUUCUUAUAUCUUAAAGAAUAUAUAUAUAGGUAACACUACUUUAAAUUGUGAGCUGAAGAUAAUACCCUAGAGCUGUAGUGAUCUGUGUACAUAAUGUAUCAUUUAGUGAUAAUUUUUAAUCUUAAAGCAGCCGCUUCCUGCUUGGGAUGUGUGUGCCAAUUUGAGACAGGGUGAAGGGAGGUGCUGAAUGAAUCCAAUUUUUGUAAAACCGUCAAUGAUCCUGGAACAAAACAGUUCAGAAACACUUUCAUAAAUGAACUUGGUUAAUAUCUUGUUGCUGUGUAUAUUAGUGAAUGAAAAUGGCUUUUGUAAAUACUUUCAGAACUGUAACUUUUUAAUGGUGCAUUUCCCUCAUAUAUUUUGGAUAAGAAAGUUUUGAAAGUACCAAAGAAGACGGGGAAUAGCUUGUCAGUAUUACAUCACUGCCUCUUCUGUGUGUGUGUCUUUGUGCCUGCCCCUAUUCAUAACUUUUUUGUUUUCCAUCUAUCAGUAACCAGCAAUGCUGGAUAAAAUCACUCACGUAUUACUGUGAUUAACUUAGAGCUUCACUGUUAAGGAUGUUGUCUGUGUCGCGUCUGGUCCACAGGGGACUUCAGCAAAACCCCAACUUUAUUAUGCGUGGAAUCUCAAAAUUCACUGAACAUGUAUUCGCCACUCAUUACCUGAAAGUCCAGUUCCGCUCCCAGUAUGACCGUCUCUCGGCAAGGUCAGAGGAGGGGGCUGAGGCAGGCGAUCUGAUUGCCUUGCCGUGUCUGUUUCUUCCAAUACAUAUCAGCCAGGCAGUGUCAGAACCAGGUGAAUGGAUAGCAAUAGCCUAAAGAGCGAGGAAUACGCACAAUCAUUUCACUCUACGCUUGUGUGGGGCGGGGGGGGGGGGGGAGGAGAAGGGGGAAUGCUGGCCUUGGGACAGAGAAACUAUGAUCAGGACUCUUCCAAUGCCAUGUAAACUGACUGGCAGCAGGUGCCAGAGGGAGCCAGAAGAAGCCCAACUAGUCCUCUGAAGAGACAUGUGAAACGAAGACACUACUGGCAGGACUCUUAGUUCUUGGCCCGAGGACUGCAGCUUGUUGCUUUGCGGAUUUGAACGGUUCCUGAAGAGCAUAAGAAGGAAGGAGCCACCUGCCAGGCAGCAGAGCCCCACUGAGGCCGGCCCCGUUCCUUUCCCCGCGGGGGGUGGUUGUGCCGAGAGCUGCUCCAGGGGGUGCGGCCUGUGGCUUUCAAGGACAUGAUCCUGUGAUGGCCUUCUGGGUGGCUUUAUUGCGCUGGGCCUGUCGAGACGCUGCUGAAAUGCUGAUGGAUUCCUAAGCUGUGGUGGUGCGCCAUGUGGAUUGUUUUGCAUUGCUCAUUCAUUCUCAGUUUAUAAUAAAAUAUUAAUUUCCCCCUA